AUGUUGCACGGUAGUGAUCUCAAAAAAUACAAAUCGGCUGACUGCUUCAACAUGCGGACUAAGCAGAGCCGUGGCGCGGGGCAGGUGCACGGACUGGAGGACUCGGAGCCGCAGCUUGGCAGUGCCUGGGCAUUGCACCUGCUGCAGCCGAAGCUUCAGCAACUCGGGCGAAACUGGUGA